UAUAAAGUAACAGCCCGAUUGACUAAGAUGCACACUGAACAGAAUGAUCUUUGUUUCUUUUCAAUGUUUUAACAGAUUUCUUGUAUUUGUAUUCUUCAAGAUAUUCUUGUUUGCCUGCUUAUUUUAAUUGCUGGUGUCAGAGAGUCACUGAUGCAGACCUCCGAGCAUUGGUGUCAGAUGAAGUUUUUCAGCCAGAAGUUGUCUGGAAGCUUCAUGAUCUGCAGGUUACUUGUGGAACUCUUGGUCUUUCCACAGCAACCGUUAAAUUAAUUGAUUCCGAUGGGAGAGAGCAAAUUGCAUGUUCAGUUGGGAUGGGACCAGUGGAUUCAGCUUACAAGGCUGUUGAUCUCAUUGUGAAGGAACCAGUAACACUUGUUGAGUACUCUAUGAAUGCGGUCACAGAAGGAAUAGAUGCAAUAGCCACUACUCAUGUUGUAAUUCGAAUUGAAAACAGUGACAUGGUCGCUGGUGGGAUAUCUCAACGGACAUUCAGUGGGAUUGGGGCAGGAAUGGACAUUGUUGUUUCUAGUGUCAAGGCCUACAUUGGUGCCUUGAAUAAGAUGCUAGGUUUCAAGGAAAGGUUUCCACAAGAGAUUCCACCAGAAUCAGCAGAACGAACCCCAGUGUCUGCAUAAAGAGGUUUUGGUAAACAUUACAUGUGAUGCGUAAGCUUUGAGAUCCUGGCUCCACUUUAGUUUCUUGUUUACUGUACAGUGUUGUCUAGAAACUUAAGUAAAAUGUUUGGAAUCAUCAAGUGAAGACCCUGCAAUUGAACGCUAGGUGUACUAUUUUAUCAUAGUCUUUUAACGAUGCAUUUGUUUGCUAAAGGGUGAUUGGCUUGAACAAGCCAUUGCCAGCUAGUUGUAGUUUGAGAGCAAGCUUGUAUUGAAGGUGUGCUAUUGCGCUACGCUCCGGAAAGCUGAUGUUGAGAAGUUACAAAUCACAAAAUAGGUUUAUCAAAAUCAGGCUAGGUUUAACAAAAUCAGGCUUUGACCUCUUCCUCAUUUACUAAGGAGCCAGGUAAAUAUGGAAUGACGUCAAGGCAGGCGAAGGCUAGGUUAAAUUGUUGAAGUGUAGAGAGGGA